AUGAGUAUGAACACUCCGGACACCAUCGGCGCGGCCUACGACAUCGCCACUCCAGCCUGCAACUACGAGCUCGCAGCGCGUCGAGCUGCUGACGGGAUGACAACAGCGUCGACGGUGCGUCACAGCUACGACAGUUCCCCCGCCGCCUGGACUUCUGACCGAGAGCUGCGCCCGACGUUCGAGACGUGCUCGCGUGCCAUCAUAGCCGCUGCCGAGCGCAUGGUGGCGCUCGCGCGCGAGCCCCGAAGCCUGGCCGUGGCCAUCGCGUACGACGAGUGCCUCGACAUCAUCACGGCGGCGGUGAACCACAUGGAGCAGAUCGAGUCGCGUGGGGUGCUGCGCGAGACGAUCCUCGAAGCCUACGGAGCCAUGCACAGGAUCCGCGAGCUGCUGCGACCAAGUCCGCCCGUGCGUCGAGCCCUGCGGUUCUAA